GCAAACUCUGACGUAGAGAGGCGCAACUCCUGCUUGGACGGACACCAGGCGGCCGAGGAGGACGCAGCGCGGACAGCAGCGGAGGCGCAACGGGCCGCCCUCUCUGGACACCUGCGGAGGGCGCACACCGUCGGUGCGGCACAUCCGGAGCCCUGCGCGCACGCGACGGAGCAUCUGUCCGCGUUUCCUCGGCGGUAGAAACGGCACCGAUAACAGAGUUCUCGUGAGAAGCAGCUGGUUAUUGGGAAAAAGGAUCCUAUUUCAUCAUGUCAUGCAACCAAAGAGACUCCGCAGAGGCCAAGAAGAACGACGUCAGGCUGAAUGGCAAGAAGUGCUCGUGGGCGUCUUACAUGACCAACUCUCCCACCAUGAUCGUGAUGAUCGGCCUGCCCGCCAGAGGAAAGACCUACAUGUCGAAAAAGCUCACGCGUUACCUCAACUGGAUAGGAGUCCCAACCAAAGUUUUUAAUUUGGGCGUGUACCGCAGGGAGGCGGUCCGAUCCUACAAGUCCUACGACUUUUUCCGCCACGACAACGAGGAGGCCAUGAAAAUCAGGAAGCAGUGUGCUCUGGUGGCUCUGCAGGAUGUGAAGUCCUAUCUAACGGAGGAGGGGGGUCAGAUCGCGGUUUUUGACGCAACAAACACAACAAGAGAACGCCGAGAUCUGAUUCAAGCCUUUGUGAAGGAAAACGCCUUCAAGGUUUUCUUCGUGGAGUCGGUGUGUGACGAUCCAGACGUCAUCGCCGCCAACAUCCUGGAAGUGAAGGUGUCCAGUCCAGAUUACCCAGAAAGACACAGGGAGCGAAUCGUGGAUGACUUCCUGAAACGCAUUGAGUGCUACAAAGUCACCUAUCAGCCUCUAGACCCUGAUGACUAUGACAGAGACUUGUCCUUCAUCAAGGUCAUUAACGUGGGCCGGCGCUUCCUGGUGAACCGAGUGCAGGACUACAUCCAGAGCAAGAUCGUUUACUAUCUCAUGAACAUCCACGUGCACUCGCACUCCAUCUACCUGUGUCGCCACGGGGAGAGCGACUACAACGUGGAGGGACGCAUCGGAGGAGACGCUGAGCUUUCCCCCCGGGGGAGACACUUUUCCCACGCUCUGCGGGAUUUCGUGGAUGAGCACAAGCUCUCGGACCUGAAGGUGUGGACGAGCCAGCUGAGGAGGACCAUCCAGACGGCCGAGGAGCUCGGCGUGCCGUACGAGCAGUGGAAGAUCCUAAACGAAAUUGAUGCUGGUGUGUGUGAGGAGAUGACCUAUGAGAUGAUCCAUCAGACUUUUCCAGAGGAGUUUGCUUUGAGGGACCAGGAUAAAUACCACUAUCGCUACCCGGGAGGAGAGUCAUACCAAGACCUUGUCCAGCGUUUAGAGCCAGUCAUCAUGGAGCUGGAGAGACAAGGCAACGUGUUGGUCAUCUGCCACCAGGCUGUGAUGCGCUGUCUCCUGGCUUACUUCCUGGACAAGAGUGCAGAGGAUCUCCCGUACAUGAAGUGUCCGCUUCACACCGUGCUCAAACUCACGCCUGUCGCGUACGGUUGUAAAGUGGAAAUGUUUUACCUAAACGUUGAAGCCGUGAACACGCACAGAGACCGGCCGAUUCAGGGAUCCUUCAAUCUGCUCUUUUAUAUUCAGCCGUCCCGCCGAGUCUCGCCCUUACCAUUUAACGCCUGCGGUGUUUCGUCUUCCAACCAGGGUAAAAUUCCCAAGGACUCCUCUCUCAUUCAUCGGCGGAAUAGUUACACCCCCUUGUCCAGUCACGACCAGGUCAAGCGCCCCCGGCUCUACAGCGCUGGCAACCAGCCGUGGCUACCGCUGGCCCCCACGCCAUCGGCUCUGAUGCCGGAAGGACUGGAAAGCCAAACUCAGGUUGGAGGAAGCUGUCUGAAGCCCUGUGUGAAGGAAUCACCUAUGAAAGCUCAGAGGAAUCUGGUGGCUUUGUCUGCUUCUGACUAAAGACGUGGUCCUGAAGGUCCUGAAGUCCUUGAGGUCGACCACCAUUUAAAAGAUCUUUGUCUUCACCCCCCCAUUCUAGAUAUCGACAUUAUGAAUGAAAUUAAUGUCUUCUGCCAAACUCUCCAUUUUUGCAUGCUGCAGAAGCUGUGGUUAUGAACACAAACCAGUCAACAAAUGCUGACGACUUUAUUUGUAAGCACUUCAAAUCUACCAAAAAUCAACCAGACUGACUGUAUAUCACAGAAUGUAACACGGAUAUAUUCAUCAGGUUUCACUUUAGCAAAAGAAAGUAGAAGAAAAAGUAUUUUUUAUAGCAGUUGUCUUGACAAAGACUAUAGGUGUGAUUGUUCCAAGACUUUCCCAUGUUCACCUAUAGGCAGGUUGUCCAAAAGGUUUCAUUUUUCUUUACUGCUAGCACCUCUGCAAGACAGCAAAUUUAGUCAUGAAUCAACAGCAACAGGAAAGAAUUUUAGAGCAUUUAUCAACGAGUCCAGUCGAACAAAAAGCACUUGUGUGUUUUUUUCUUUUAACCUUAUCUGUCCGUGCAUGAAAAUAGUUUGACUUUAUGCAUUCGUCUUCUAUAGUAGAGAUCCAAGUUUCAGUUGUUAAACCUCACAUGGUUGAUUGUUUGAAGUCGUUCCGCUCAAAGCAGCCUUCUGUGCCUUUCAAGCGCUCAAUAAAAGUACGUUCAGAAUGAA